UACUCCUCAAAGGGAGCACAGGACAGGGAAAACAGAGGUACAAAACGGCAGGGGAGAAAGCAGGGUUUACUUUUACUGUAAAUGUAUGUCAGGUUUCAAUUGUUUAGGUCGUUUCAGCAACCAGCUAGAAGCUUGGUAUCAAAGAUGGCUACAGACGUAAAAAUGAUUCAACUGACAGCCCGGCAGCACAUUAAAGAUAUCAUACCUGAAAUGACAUUUGGAAUGCACAAAGGGCAGGCUGGUAGAAUCGCUGUAAUCGGAGGAUGCAAAGAGUACACUGGUGCACCAUAUUUUGCCGCAUUUACUGCCAUGAGACUUGGAGUGGAUCUUUCUCAUGUCUUUUGUACUGAGGCAGCUGGAACACCUAUCAAAACAUAUAGUCCAGACUUGAUUGUUCAUCCUAUAUUGGACGCAUCUGAUGCUGUGGAUCAGGUAAAGUAUUGGCUACCAAGAUUACAUGCUGUUGUUAUUGGCCCUGGGCUAGGGAGAGAUGAGCAAAUUUUUCAAAAUGUCAAGGGAAUUCUCAACUCUAUUAAGGAACAGAAGAAGCCUGUUGUUAUAGAUGGGGAUGGUCUGUUUUUGAUAACACAAGAGCCUGAUUUAGUGGCCAACUAUAAAGAAGCUAUUCUCACUCCUAAUCUGAUUGAAUUCGAGAGGCUUUUUCAAGCUGUGUUCAAUAAAAAGGUUGAUGCGAAUCGCAAGACUGAAGAGCUCGUUUCCCUUAGCCGGAGUCUAGGUGGUGUAACUCUUGUUGGUAAAGGAGAAAUUGAUAUAAUCACAGAUGGAGAAUAUGUUGUCAAAGUGACUGAAAAAGGAAGCCCUAGAAGAUGUGGUGGACAAGGAGAUAUACUGGCUGGGGCAGUAGGCACGUUCAUUCAUUGGGCCUCUACAAGAAAAAGCAUACCUGCACCUGCAGCAGUGUCCGGAGCGUUUGCUGCUUGCUCCCUGGUUAAAUAUCUGAACAAGUUCACGUAUGAUAAAUUUCAAGUUGAAAGGCCAGGGGAUACCGGUAGAUCCAUGGUUACAGGAGAUAUGAUAGAAAAUAUCGCAACAUCGCUUUAUCUGCUUACAAAAUGAUGUAUGACAUGUAGUAAUAAAUUAUUUUUCUAGCAAGUAACACGCAAUUGUAGAUAUACAAAUCAUGAUAAACACGAAAUUUCUUAUUCUUAUGAUGGCAAUAACACUCUUGCAUACAAUUACUAUGAUACCUUAAUAGAACUGCCUAUGUUCUCUAACUUCAAUCUGCAUGUUUUACUUAUUUAAUGCAAAAACCAGCCCUACGUUGUUUAUAGGUGCAUUGUGUUUCUUUCUAAAACAAACUGGAUAAUGCUUCGUGAUAGCCAAUAACACAUUCCCUAUAUUAACACAGUCAUUAGCAGCAAUGCUUUGUUCUUCCUAUGUCCUAGCAGAACCCAUAUUUCAUAAUACUGAAAGAGCAAGAAAAUCUAACGAUGUGGUACAAUAAAGACCACGGAAAUACACAUAUAUGAGAGUUUCAUUUAGCACAGAUUCAGCAAAAUGAGAGAUAGCACAGAUUCAUGUUAUCGUCAGUGUCCUUGUUAUCAUCCACGGUACCUGUAAUGAUUGUCCACUGUCCCUGUUAUCACCAACUGUCUCUGUUAUCGUCUAUUGUCCUUGUUAUCUUCUGAUGUCCCUAUUAUCGUCUAAUGUCCUUGUAACCGUCUACUACUCCAGUUUUUAUCUACUGUUCCUAUAAUCGCCCACUGUCCCUGUUAUCGCACUGUCCUGUUGUCAGCGACUGUCCCUGUUGUCAUCCAGUGUCCCGGUCAUUGCACCCUCUCCUGUUAUAAUUCACUGUCUUUUUGGCAACUGUUCAUCUGGGUUGUCUCUGUAAUCUUCUGUCUUUGCUUUUUUUGCAUCGUCGUCAUUUUUGCUAUGAUCCCUUUUUUCAUCAUGUCUGCCGUCAUUACGUUCAUUAUUUGCCCUCAUCUUCAUUGUGGCUCUCAUCCUUUACUUGCCUUUGGGUACUGCGUACUGUUGUUGCUUUAUUCACUUGUUAUAAAAAGCUGUUAGUUUCUCUUUCAACACACUUGACAUGCACAUACUUAACUUUAGAUUCCAUCAUCGUAAUUUGGAUGGUUCAAAGAACACGUCUUGCGAUUAAUUGAGAAACUGUUCACUUCUAAUGAUAUAACGCCGAUUUAUACAAGCCAACCCAAAUAACCAUGUCAACCAGCUAGCAGCUUUCGUCCAGAGCCAAUGUCUUGCUUCUGUGUAGCCAAGUUGUAACUGGUGUAUCAGUUUUUUCCAUAGGGACCUUUCCGACCCUCAGCCUGUCUGCCUAUGACACAAACAAAAAUCAUCUAUGAACAUGACCUUCAGUUUACUUUUGAAUGCGCUGGCUACGCGUUGGUGUUUGUAUGAAAAGUGAAAGUUCUUUAACAUGUUUUUAUUGUAAUUUGAAAGAGAAAGAAAGAAAUUUAUCAACAAAGUGGUUGAGUUGACAAAAGUGCGGAAACUCUGUUCUUGUUAGAGUAAAUGAAAUGUCAUUAACUACUGAAGUUUGUAUGAAACUUAGUAAUGUCUUUUUCUUAGAAGCUGAGAAAGAACCUAAUUAUUUAAAAGUACUCCAUAUUUCUGUCGUUUUUCUAUAAGAAUGUUGCUUUACAGAAUUACCGAAUUUUCCUGGAAAUGUAAAUGUGCUGAUGUCAACGUUAUUUCUGUCGUUUUUCUAUUAGAAUGUUGCUUUACAGAAUUACCGAAUUUUCCUGGAAAUGUAAAUGUGCUGAUGUCAACGAGGAAUCAUUUACAGGACUUUAAUCAUCCUACCCACCAUUUUACCGGACUACGAGUAUCCGGUCCAUAAAAAUGUGAAGAAAUCGUAUGGAAAAUUGUCGGCAUUAUCGAUAAUAUGGCGGGAGCGCAUUUCUUGCUUUUCUUUGCGGGAAAUGGCCGCCUGGAAGUUCAAGGCAUUGAUAAUUCAAUCAAAGAUUAAACUCUUUCUUUAAAAAACAAUUUUAUGAGAAAAUGCCUUAAAAUGGGUCAAAAGUAAGAGCAAAUUAAGAACAAACUGAGGCUGUGCUACUGUGUAAAAUGUGAUUUUGAAUAAUGUUUCAUCUCAAAAACUAGAUUUUGCCAUCUAGGGGUUCUUUUUUAGUAAAAUUUCAAAUCUUUCCCCUAAUAAAGGAUGUCUCACUCACUUUGUUUUCACAAGGUGCCUGAAAACCUCCCUAGAACGCGAAAGCUAGCGAUUGCAGUGGUUAAACGCUAAAAAUUUAAGAAACAAAUAAAGGAAAAGUCCAGCCUCAAAUUUUUGAAAAAUGAAGAACCUUACUGGUAUUUUUAAAAAAGUGUAUAAUUUGUGAUUUUUGCUUAAGAAACUAACUUUUGCAACACUCAUCUUGUAGAAUUAUCCUUGUUUCUUCCGUUUUUCGUAUAAAUUCAAUUAUCCGGAAUUUUCGGAUUAUCCGAACGCAUCUUGAAAUCCCGUGCCCAGAGAAGUCCGGAUAAUCGAUUAUGUACUGUAUUGGUAAUUUUUCUUUAAUAAACAACCAGUAUUUUGAAAAUUUUUUCAGAUAAUUCAAUCCUGUUUUUCAAAUUCUCCAAAUUUCUUUAGUCACACUGACAUGAAAUGAUGUAAUCACCAUUCACUCUUGUUUUCUUG